GCGGACGGCAACACAGCACGGAGGGAGAGGUGUCCGACCCCGGUCCUAGUUUUAGAGAUCAUAAUUUCACCUUUAACUUUUGAACGACGGUGUUUUGGGCCAUUUAAGAAUCCCCGAGUCCUGCCAGCAUCAUCUGUUAGACUUGCAGAGGUACAGCUGAAUGACAGAAGUUUCCUCCUGGGAGAGAGAUGGAGAAUAGCUCUCAUACACUGCCACCCUCGUCUCCGUGUCCCACCACUCUCGGAGGGUCUCUGCCUUUCUCUUCCUCGCCACAGCAGACCUGCUCAAAUGGCCGCGUCUCGCUCCCGCUUUCACCUAUUUCAUUCCCUCCAUCCCCUACCUCACUUUCUCCAGCAACAGCAGAGUCUUUUCAGUCUUCCUCCCCUCUUUCACACUGCACAGCGUCUCAGUGCCUCGAAGGACAAAAUGUACAAUGCCUCAGCCUGGCAAACAUAUCUGACCAAGAUGACCUGACCUGCCUCAGCUGGCUGCAUCAGAGGGGCAACCUGCUACCGCUACAGCCCCUUCCCAAAAUGGCACCACUGCCUCAGCUAGAGUCCUCCACGUCUUCUCAGUCUUUUUCUCCUGGCUCCUCCAAGCCGCCGUACUCCUUCAGUAGUCUGAUCUUCAUGGCGAUAGAAGAUUCACCGGACAAGAGGCUUCCAGUGAAGGACAUCUAUGAAUGGAUUGUUAACAAUUUCCCCUACUACAGGACAGCGUCUGGAGGCUGGAGGAACUCCGUCCGACACAAUCUAUCCCUGAGCAAGAGCUUCCGUCGCAUUCAGAGGGACAAGAGCCAGUCAGUGGGGAAGGGAUCGCUGUGGUGUGUGUGUCCAGAGUACCGGCCGGCGCUCCUCGAGGUGCUCAGAAAGACGCAUAGUUAUCACAGCACCAACAGCAAUCUGAUAAACAAGCCUGAACUAUUGGAGGGAGCUGACUACGGGGUGCCUGCGGUGUGUGACUCUAUGGAAAUCUCAGACCCUCUUUCACACACCCUCCUCCUGUCCACGCCCUCACCCCAAACCCUGAUCACUGAUAAUCCAUCUUUCGCUGAAAACCCACCUUGCCCUUUGACCCCGGAUCACGAGGAGCUCGUCACCAUGGAGUCGGUCGAUUACCAGCAGGAGGAGGUCAGUGAGGAGAUGGAGAAAGACCCCCUGUCAGACAGCGGGUACAUCGAGUUACACUACUACCAGUCUCACCAGUACCAGUACCUAGUGCUGCCGGGUGACACCGAGCUGGACCUGGAGACUGUAGAGAUCCUUCAGCUCGACGCCGAGGCCCAAGAGGCUGCUGGAUCACUGCUGGACCUGGCAGGAGGUGGAUAUUAAUAUUAUAUCCAACUUAACAGUCACAACUGAUGCAAUGCUUCAGUCCGCGACGAGCAAAUACUUCAACAGACCAACAAAAAUGGGGAUUUAUGUUUUAACAGUCUUAUGGAUAAUUGUUAAAUCAGCUGCUUCUUUCCCGUUGACACUGCCCUAAGGUUUGCGUAUUGUUAUGUAGUUAGUUAAAAAUAUAGAUCAACUUUUCUGAUGGACUAACAAGACUAUGAAUCACAUUACGUCACUUGAUUCAGGAACUUUCAAUGCACAAGCUGAUUUUUUCUCUCCUACCAUACACUUGUCCAAACUGCGACAUGGACAUAGACUCAUGAGUGUAACAUUAAACUGAAAACUAUGAAAAACUAUUAAAAUUAUACUCUAAGAUAUUCAAAGUGAGGAGGAAAGUAUUAAUAGAAUAAGUUUUUAGGUUUUGCACUGUGAUUUUUUUUUUUUUUUUUUAUCAGACUCUGGUCAUUCUCAGGGGUGGAAGUUGUACUUCCAACUCAAGUAGAAGCACUGUUUGUUAAGAUAUUUCUCAACUUAAAGUAAGAUUUAUAUUGUGUUAAAAGCUGUUCAAGAGAAGUACAAAAGUAGCUCUUAUGAGGAGUCACAUCUGUUACUGUUUCAAUAUGAAUACACCCCACACUUCUAAUUCUUAAAAGUAGUGACCAUCUUUUUUUUAUAAUUAAGUUUUAUUAGACACUUAAAGCAAAGAUAAAUUGAAUAACUGCUCAUUAGGGCUGCAACUAAUGAUAAUUUUCAUUAUUGAUUAAUCUGUCAAUUAUUGUCUAGAUUAAUCAAUUAGUUUUUGGUCUAUAAAAUGUGAGUAAAUGGUGAAAAAUGUUGAUUACUGAUUCCUAAACCUCAAAGUGAUGCCUUCAAAUGUCUUGUUUUGUCCACAACCCAAAGAUAUUCAGUUUACUAUCAUAGAGGACCAAAAAAACCA